CUCUUCUGUAGUACCUAAAGAGGAAGGAAAGAAACUUAACUAAAAUACAGAGUUUACCAACUGCCUGAGAGCAGCCUACUUUGGGAAAGAGAAGUUCUUCUCUUUCUCCUCCUCUUCCUCCUCCUCCUCCUCCUCUAGACCAGCAUGGCCUUCAGAUUUCUUGGUUUCAUCCUACUCCCAUGGACCCUUCAGGUAGGAGGAAACCAGAUCCUGAGACAGCUUGGUGACCCGAUCCAGGUGGUCUUAGCCCCCUUUAAGCCCUUUGGCCUUAACUUGACUUGUGAGUUCACCUACCGCUACACUCAGGCCUUAAAGGACUACACUUGGAGCUACCAUUACAUUGACCUCCAGGGCAAGCAGAGCCCUUCUUUCUUGGUCAAAUGCGAUAGGGCCUCCGGGGUCGAGAACGUUACCCAGACGGACAAGUGCCCAUUCACCCUGAAAAAUCUGCACAAUGCUUCCGCAACAGGCACCUACUACUGUCAAGUGAAGUUGCAAAAUUCCCAACAAAUAAAGGCAAACGGGGUCUUCAUCCUGGUCCGAGAUGUUGGAUAUGUAGAGCCCCCAAAGGGGCACAAGAAGCUUCUCCUCCUCCUCUUCACCAGCCUCCUGGCAGUGCUGAGCAUCCUGGGAACGGGUUUGUUGCUCUGGAAGGCAAAGAGCCAGAGGAGGUCUGUCAAGAAGAUACCAAAUCAGGAAGACCCAGACUCAGAGAAGAGCUCAGCAGACCCUAAACUCGAACACUCAGGAUCGUUAUACAUUGCUCUUCAGCCCCACCUGUCAGAGGUCUACGACAGCCUUCAGAUGGAUGUCAGCAUCCCUCCUGCUGAGAGGAGCCCGCCCAUUCAGACACAGUACCAAGAGGGAGCAGAAGAGCUUAACAUCAUCUAUGAAAAUUUCUAAAGAAGGUUUCAUCGUGGGUUCCUUCUCCUUUACCCCACACUCGAGGAAAUGGCGCCGGGUGGGUGCUCUGGGACUCCGCCGAUGCCGCCAUAUUGGGGAUGGGAUAUGAGCUGAUCUGCCUCCAGCCCCACCCUGGCCAACUCCAUACCUCCUGUCAUCUGAGCAUCGAGUUCUCUCUGAGGUGGAUCCCCCUCUUCCUGCUGCUUUCCCCUUCUCAGCCUUCCUACCCCACGGGGGAAUUCCCCACCUUCUCCCACUUUGAGCUCCCCCUCAUCUCCAGCUCACUAUCUCGUGCUACUAUUUCCUACACACAGAAUACUCUACCUCCCACCUCCUACAGAGGAGUCAGGAGCUCUGAUUUCUGAGUUCUCUCUUACUUAUCGUGUGACCAUGAGCAAAUCACCUAUGCUCUCUGAGACCCGCUGUCCAGAUCUGCAGAAUCUGCAGGGAUGAUGACCCCACAAAUGACCUCUUUGUUUCGAGAGGCAGCCUGUGGAACGGUUCAAGACGGGCGGGAGUCCCAUGCUUCGGAUGCUGACCAUGGGCGGUUCAUUUAAAUUAAUCUCUCUAAGCUCGUCUGUAACAAGAGAUAUUUGGACUAGCCAACAUCCGGGUUUCCCUUUGACCCUAAAUCUAUUUUCCUAUAACCAGUGAGAUAAGGAAUACGAAGGUACCAUGUCAACAUUAGUAACGCGAAUCCAUUUAUCAAAAAUCACAGAGAUGGAUGAUAUUGUUGGUAUAAAAAUCAUAAAUUGGACUCUUUUCAUUGGGAACCAUGAUGUCCAGAAGGUCGUGUAUAAGGGGGUCAUGGGAGUAGCAGAUUUUGAAAAAUGUUGGAGAAAAUCUCCUAAAAGACAUGCUACUGGCUUGAAGAAGACACAUGAGUGGGAGUACUGAGAUUCAUUAACUGAGAAGAAAUGGUAAGAAAAUUUCUGCUGCGUCCUAGUGCCGGGGGGCAGCUAGAAUAUCGGUCCUCCGAGACCCGAGUUCAAAUCCAGCCUCAGAAGCUAACUCUGUGACCCUUUACAAGUUAUUUAAGCCUCCUCGCCUCAGUUUCCUCAUCUACAAAAUGAGCUGGAGAAGGAAAUGGCAAACCACCCCAGUAUCUUUGUCAAGAAAACUCAAAAUGGAGUCACGGAGAAUCAGACUGAGAAUGACUGAGGGACAAUAACCCGAGUGCCAGCUUUCCAGUUGAACUUGGCUGUGAGCGACAGCCUGUGUGGUUCAUCGAUCACCCAGUUCCUGGACUGAGCAGCGUUGACGAGCCUACGGUUCGAUACCGGGUUUAGUUCUUUAGAGUGACAGCGGGUUUCCAUGGCACUCCUUGGUGAGUGACUGAUGGAUCCCCUGCCUGCUGAGUUGGUGAUAUAAUAUGAUUAAUCAGACGCUGAGAUUAGUGCUCUCUGGGAGACAAACGUGGGGGCAACAGAAAUUUGGAAAUGGGCACCAAGAGCAUGCGCUCUCUGAUUUAAUUCCCCCGUUAUUGUUAAGUUAUUCUGUUCCAUUAAAUGCUUUUGCUCUAAAUUCAUUGUUAUCUGGUCUGGUCUUCUACAAGAAGCACCAGUGGGGGCUCAGGAUCUCUGAAUUUGAAUCGACGGUUACCCCGCCAGUACCGUGAUGUCAAGUGUAGCUGAGAAGAGGUUAUCCUCCGGGGACUCUGUGGCUACUAUCGCCAGCACCUUUUUGCAUGAUCUCAGCUGCGCUAUUGUAAUCUCCAGUCUCCCACUGAUAACAGCACUUCUCUCUAAUGAUGCUUCAGGAAGAUUUUGUGGAGGGAAGGUUCAUGCUUUAGAUAAAUACAGGAUUAGGAGACCUCUGAGGUCGCUUCCAACUCUGUGUUUUAUGAUCUCCCUUCUUACGGCUCUGUUGGGGGCUGGCUAGGGGUAGAUUCCCAUUAAUCAAACCAAAAAUCCUUUCUCUCUACUUCAAGAAAUUCCGAAGCUUCUCAUUUUUCUCCUUCCGCCUUCAUGGUCCUGUCCGCUCCCUCUCCUUCGUCAUACCCGCUCGUCCCACCGUCCCGCACGUAUCCCCGAGAGCUAUCUCCUUCCCAUUAAAAAUCUCUUCCGCUGUGUUUUCUGGUACGGAUUGCAGGGAGACAUCCCAUAUCUACGGAAAUAUCCACAGCGGCAUUUUUGCGGUAGAAGUAAAGUGGGCGCCCGUCCAUUUGGAAAAGCCAGGGUAUUUCCCUAGGAAAAAAAUAUGAUUAUGGAAUAUGGAAUGAUGGGUACCAAAAAAAAAAAAACCCUUGGGAAGACUUGUUUGAAAGAUACAGAGCAAAACAAGAAAAAAAAAAAGGAAAAGAACACAUAACAAUGACCACCGUGAUGCAAAAGAAAACAAAAAAGUGUAACAGAAAAAGUAUAAAAGAAAAGAAAAAAAGUGUAAAAAACAAAAAAAGUGGUAACAGAAUUCAAAACGAGGCCAUGAUCAAUCUGGACUCCAGAGGAUUGAUGACAAAGCACCCCUCCUUCUUCUUAGUAGCGAGGUACUAUGGUACAGAGGAAGUCCGCUGGGCUCCUUCCUCCCCUGGUUUCAAAUCUUGUCUUUGCUGCUUAUUUCCUCUGUGACUCGGUUUCCUCAUCUGUCAGAUUAAAGGGAAGGACAACUAGAUGAUGUUUGAGAGCUCUUCUAAAUCUGUGAUCCUCCGGGAUUUAGCCUGGCUGGGCUUCUGUAAAGCCCAGGUUUGCAUUAGGUGGUCCCUAAGGUCCUUCCUUUCAGCUAUAAAUCAACAAUGACCUUGAGCCAGAUUGUCUCCGGCUCAGCUCUAAA